UAAAAACUAGGCAAGAUGUUGAGGUUUCAUUUCAGAAUAUCGAGCCCUGAUAAGCACGACUACAAGAUAUAGUGUUAAUGAGCGGAGGAGCUGUUUGUAGCACACGCUUUCAACAAAUAGACCAAUACUUUAAUAUAUCUGCGUUGAAUUUUUGUUUAUAAUGUCAACUGUGUCUUUUUUUAAAGUAGUAUCAGACUGUAACGUUUAGGUUUCGGUGUUCGAGUAUAUCUGAAAUGACUCUGCAAAAAAUCACGUCGAUAGGGAGGUCCUGCUCAGGUUUGUGAUUUAUAGAGAAAUAAUUGACCAUGUCUGCUAAUGGGAAAGUCAUCCCGCACACCCCGCUGGUUGUAGACUUUUGGCAUGUAAGGAAAUGCCCUGGCAGCAGACUGUUCUUCCUGACCCACAUGCACAGCGACCACACGGUGGGUCUGACGUCCACAUGGAGCAACCGGCCCAUCUACUGCUCCCCCAUCACCGCCUCCCUGCUCAGGCUCAGACUGCAGGUGAAAGAAAAAUGGAUCCAUCCUCUAGAGCUCGGUGAGCCACACCUGCUCCCACUGGACGAUAUAGGCAAAGAGAAGCUCACCGUCACUCUGAUAGAUGCCAACCACUGUCCAGGAGCAGUCAUGUUUCUUUUUGAGGGUUACUUUGGAUCAAUUCUGUACACUGGUGAUUUCAGGUUCUCUCCUGUUAUGCUUCGUGAGCCAUGUUUACAGACCAACACUACUAUUGACAUUCUCUAUUUGGACAACACAAAUUGUGACCCCAACCGCAUUUUGCCAUCCAGACAAAAAGCCACUCAACAAAUCAAAGAAAUCAUCCGAAGUCAUCCCGAUCACUCUAUUGUUAUAGGCGUGUAUGCUUUGGGUAAGGAGACGCUGCUGGUGGAGCUAGCGAUGGAGUUUAAAACCUGGGUUGAGGUGAGUGUUGAAAGAAUGGAAACCAUCAUGGCUCUGGAGCUUCCUGACGUCUUCACCACUGAGCCAGGGGCUGGCCGUAUCCGAGCAGUGGAGCAGUCCAGGAUUUGCUCUUCGGCGUUGCUUGAGUGGAACAAAGAACAACCCACAUUGGCCAUUAUACCCACCAGCAGACCCCUUGUGUCCUUCCACCCUAAUGUCCAUGUUGUGCCCUAUUCUGACCACUCUUCCUACCAAGAACUAGAUGAUUUUGUCUCUGCACUGAAACCUUAUUCUGUUGUGCCAAUUGUGGGACGAUGCCUACCUGGAGGUCUGUCUGCUCUACUGCCCCACAACAAACGCAGGGAAAUCCACAUACCCGAGUCAGUCCAGCUGUACAUGUUGAGACAACCGGAAAGGCAGCUCAGGUCCUCAGCAUAUGUUGGCCUUGGUUGCAGAAAUCUCAGACCUGUUGCUCCCAGAGGAGUUGUAUUUGAUACUCCUGUGGAAGAAUUCAGAAAAUCGUAUGUAGAAGCCUGGGAGGCAGAGAGCGAGGAGCAGGACGAAUCUGAGGAGGUUAUGGACACAGAAAGCAGCGAAACCGAUUAUGACUGUAUUCUUAUCGAUCCGAGCAUAAAACUCACACCUAACAGAGACGGAGAAGGAACUGAUGAUCGAAUGGUUUCUGAAGAAUUGACGAUGAUGGAAUCAGUGAAACUUGGUCAAAUCAACAAGAGCGGCUUUGGUCCUGUAGGCACUCUGGAAAACUCCAAGUCACGCUUAAAAACCACCACUACAAGGCAACAGUUUGAACACUUUCACAGCAACAUUUCAGCUUCAUCUGAACACAGCCCUGAUAGAGCCUCAAUGACUUCAUCCAGCAGCUCCACUGGGUUAUCACGGCAGUCUGUAGAGGCACAUGAAAACAACCUUUUGAAGUGUGUCCUCAUGUCAGAGAACGAUUUCAAGCCUAGGGGCUUACUUUCUCGUGAAUUUGUGCGCAAGUUUACCCUCUCACCUCUGAAGAGUGCAUCUGAUUAACAAGAUGCUUAGGAUUAUCUUGGUGGCUUUUUCUGUUCUUUUAUUGUGAAAACUAUAAAAUCAUUACUGCCUGUUUUUUCUUAUUUUCCCUUACUGUUUGUGGUGGAUUUUGA